CGCCGGCCACGUCCGCCAGCUGCCAAGUGAGAGGGUCGCCCCAUCUGAGUGGCCGACGGCCGGACCGGGACGUCGCGAAGGCGAGGAGUCAACGGGGAGAGCGGCGCCGUUCCUUCACGAACCUCGCGAACAUUAUGAGACGGGGGAUGUCCCGCCACCAGGAUCGACGAAGUGGUCGCUGUCUUGGACAUCGUCGGAGCCUGCCGGGCCGGUGUUCGGCUAGGGAGAUUCAGCCUGAAAUAGGUGGCGAAGAGGACGGCCCGCUGGUGCGCAGCGCGGGUGCUCGGGCCCGAACUUCAUGGCCCGAUACAUCAACGAAUGCAACCUCAUUCUGCGCAACCUGUCACAGGAACUAAGGUCCAAAUGCCCCACCGACGAGCAGUACUGCUGCUACCUUCACUGCUGCUUUGUGAACCGCCAGCACAAGGAGAUCUGGGAGACCUGGUACUUUUGGUUCGGCAUCGCGGUGCUGGCGCUGCUCCUCGUCACCUCGGCGACGUCCUUCCUGGUGGGGAUGUGCUUCCGCAAGCGCCACCAGCUCAUCCGCGUGCACCACCAUCACCACCACCAGCCCGAGGGCGGAGUGGCGGGCGCGGCGUCGGAGCGCGGCUCCACGUCGACGCCGAGCUCCUCGGACGCCACUGCCGGCGUGGAGGCCCUGGAGGACGCGCUGUCCGUGUCCGCCCCCGUGACGGCCGUGACCGGCCCGGACGGCCUCAUCCAGCCCUACGUGGUGGGCGGCCUGCCCGCCGAGGUGGAGGCGCGCUAUAAGACGCAGGGGCCGCAGGGCACCGAGACGGCCAUUUUCCGCAGACACAGCCGCAAUGACAGCCUGGGGCCCUCGACCGGCAGUGCAGACGGCGAGGACGACGACGUGGACGACGCGGACCUGGGCGACGUGGCGGGGCCCCUGGAGCCCGCCUACCCUCCGAUGCAGCCCGUGACCAUAGUGCGCGGCACGCUGCCGGAGGGAGGCUUCCGACGCACGGACACGUACACGGAGCUGGUGCUGCCCCCCGGCUACGUGGACCCUCGACCCAGCCACAAGCAGCCGCCCUAGCGCCCUAGGGUCCGGCCUAGCCAUGCGCUAGCAUGGCGCUAGCCUCCGAGCGCCCAGAAAGCCUAAACCGCGUUAGGCCUGCCAGCCAGUGGCGUGCCGGCCAGGCCUCCACUUCUUUCAGCAAGUAUGUGGACUCGCCGGACUAUCCGAUCUGUACUGUUUUGGCUGAGAACUGCGUGUCAAGAAGAGUGACGGUGUUACUCCCCCACGUGACAACAAAUAUAUUGUUAUUCAAGUAUUUCUAGUGUAGUUGAUGGUAUUUUUUUUUUUUUUAGGUAGCGCACCUGUAUUUUAGGAACUCUUCGUAACGCGGCUUUUGAUGUGGUUUGAGAUUUGAUGUUAUUGGUAAUAUUCUUGAUUUUCAGUCUGUAUGUAUGAAUCGUGUUUAGAAAUCAGCUUUUCCCUUGCCUCAGUAACCAACUCCUUCUGUCCAUGUGCUUGUCUUCAUGUUUGGUGCACUCUGAAAAGCCAUGGCUGUAGCACUCUGAUGUAAAAACUGAUGGUUGAAGUUAAAGGAAACUGAGCCAAGACUUCAUAAUAAAACAGUUUCUUUUA